GUCUCCAAUCUCCAUCUGUGGCUGACUGGGGUGGGAUCCAAAAAAUACUCUGCAAAAAAUUCUGAGCCAUGCACACCUCUUUUUCUGGAGCUUUCGAAAUCGCAAUCGAAACUCGUUUUGAGUUUCUCUUUUGUCAUUAUUUAUUACUUUCUCACCUCUCAUAUCUCAAUCGCAAACGCACCUCUCAUAACCACCAAAAGUGCAAUAGCAAAAACAAAUUCCCAUACACUCACAACAACAAUAAUGACUCUCGCUGCUGCCUCAACAAAUUCCCUCAUCCUCUUUUCCAAACGACACUUCCAAGUGCGCGAGUUCCGCGUUUUCCGACGCCGAAGGCUCAAGCAAACGACACGUAGUUCGCUCCGUUGUGCCCAGUUCGAGUUCGAAGACCUCUUCCAAUCCCUAGUUUCUCGGUUCCCUUCCGUCAAUUCCUUGGAAUUCAUCGCUCCGGCGCUCGGUUUCGCCGGCGGUUUCGCUCUCCACCGCCACUCCAAGGAUCGGCUGAGACAUCGAGGCGAUUCCGAUGUCGGGGAGUGGAUUCUCUUCACCAGUCCGAUGCCGUUUAGCCGGUUCGUGUUCCUGCGGUGCCCUUCGGUGUCGUUCGCUGGAGGCGAGGAUGCGAACGAGAGGCUGGUGAAGGAGGACAGGCAUUUCGUGAGGUUGAACAAAGGAAGAAUUGUAGUGAGCAAUGAAAUUGAGAGUUGUAGUUUGGAAUUGGAGUUACAGAGAGUUUGUGUGAGUACGGAGGAUGGAGGAGUGGUUUCGUUGGAUUGGCCGGCGAAUUUGGACUUGGAGAAAGAGCAUGGAUUGGACACCACGUUGUUGCUGAUCCCUGGUUCGCCUCAGGGUAGCUUGGACAAGAAUGUGAGGUCCUUUGUUGCUGAAUCUCUCAACCGCGGUUGUUUUCCGGUCGUCAUGAACCCGAGGGGUUGUGCCGGUUCACCUCUCACCACGGCACGGUUAUUUACGGCUGCUGACAGCGAUGAUAUCUCCACAGCUAUACAGUUCAUUAAUAAGGCAAGGCCAUGGACAACAUUGAUGGCUGUUGGUUGGGAAUAUGGUGCAAACAUGUUGACAAAGUACUUGGCAGAAGCUGGAGAGAAUACACCGCUUACAGCUGCCACAUGCAUAGACAAUCCAUUUGACUUAGAAGAGGCUACAAGGUCCUCUCCUUAUCACAUGGUCAUUGAUCAGAAGCUCACUGGUGGACUGAUAGAUAUUCUAAGAUCUAAUAAGGAACUAUUUCAAGGCAAAGCAAAAGGGUUUGACGUGGAGAAGGCUUUAUUGGCAAAGUCUGUUCGUGAUUUUGAAAAAGCAAUAUCUAUGGUAUCUUAUGGUUUUGAGGUACUAGAAGACUUUUAUUCAAAGUCUAGCACAAGAGACGUGGUUGGGAAUGUGAAGAUUCCUGUUCUCUUUAUACAGAAUGAUGAUGGGACGGUGCCACUAUUCUCUAUCCCACGCGGCUUGAUAGCAGAAAAUCCAUUUACAAGCCUGCUCUUGUGUUCUUGUAUGCCCUCUACUGUUGUUGCAAGUGGCACAUCUGUCAUAUCCUGGUGCCAGCAACUUACGAUUGAGUGGCUGACAGCAGUGGAGCUGGGAUUUCUGAAGGGCCGCCAUCCUCUCCUAAAAGAUGUGGACGUUACCAUCAACCCUUCAAAAGGCUUAGCUCUUGUGGAAAGCAGAUCAUCUGAUAAGAAUGAUGAGGUUGAUAAGCUCUCAGAUCUUACUCAGCCAAAUGCUUUGAAUGGAUACUCUGUGGAUCCUAUAAAGGGUAUGCUUGAAGAUGGCGACACUGUUGCUAGUUCAUGCUUAAGUUCCAGACGAGAUUCCCAAGAAAAUUUGGAAGCUGAAGAUGCAGGCCUGCAAGAAAUAGAAAAUGGUGCUUUGCAGCAGAUUAGCUCUGUUGAUUCAGAAUUGAUCAAAGAGGAGGAAGUCAGCUCAGUAGAUGGUGAAAGAGGUCAAGGGCUACAGACAGCACAAGCGGUUAUGAAUAUGCUUGAUAUAACCAUGCCUGGUACUCUAACAGAAGAAAGAAAACAGAAGGUCUUGACUGCUGUGGAUCAAGGAGAAACACUUGUGAAAGCUUUGCAAGAUGCUGUGCCAGAAGAUGUUCGUGAAAAGCUUACAACUGCUGUAACUGGAAUUUUGCAUACCCAAGGCACAAACUUAAAUUUUAAUGGACUUCUUGAUGUUUCAACAGGAUUGAAGGCCAAGAUCCAAGAAAAAGUUGGAAUAUCAGGUGGAGAAGGUUUAAACACUGACCAUCUUUCUUCAGACCAGAUAAAAAGGGCUGAUGAACUCACAGAUAGCUUGAAUGACACUCAACCUGGCGUAGACAAACCUACUGGGGAUCUAGAAUCAGAUCCAUCUCAAUUGACAAGGGGUGAUGGAGUUGAUAUAUCUAGUUCAGUCAAGGACACCAGUGAGUCAGGAAAUAAUGAUGAAUAUGAUGAGUCCUCUAAAGAAAAAUCUGCUACAUAUCUUGACAAUGGUGAGAUUGGAUCAGUAACAGAUAUUAAGCCUACAAUUAAUGAGAAAAAAGACCAGGAUGGUGGAAUAGCUCAAAUAGAGGAAAAAGAGGAGAAUAAUAACCGGGAAACUGGAGAUUCUUCAACUGACCAAGGCAAGGUGGCAUCAUCCGGUAUAACAGAAGAAGUAACUCCUGGGACCUCCUCUGACACUCAACCUGGCGUAGACAAACCUACUGGGGAUCUAGAAUCAGAUCUAUCUCAAUUGACAAGGGGUGAUGGAGUUGAAAGAUCUGGUUCAGUCGAGGACACCAGUGAGUCAGGAAAUAACGAUGAAUAUGAUGAGUCCUCUAAAGAAAAAUCUGCUACAUAUCUUGACAAUGGUGAGAUUGGAUCAGAAACAGAUGUUAAGCCUACAAUUAAUGAGAAAAAUGACCAGGAUGGUGGAAUAGCUCAAAUAGAGGAAAAAGAGGAGAAUAAUAACCAGGAAACUGGAGAUUCUUCAACUGACCAAGGCAAGGUGGCAUCAUCCAGUAUAACAGAAGAAGUAACUCCUGGGACCUCCUCUGAUGCUGAUGCAAUGGGAAAUGAAGGUAACGAUAAUCUGAAGAGAGAUAACAAAAGUGUGCAGCCUGUUCAGGAUCAAACUAAUUCUAUUAUGUCUGAUCCUAGUCCCUCCACCUUCAGUGUAUCCCAAGCAUUUGAUACUCUAACAGGGAUGGAUGAUUCCACCCAAGUGGCUGUGAACAGUGUUUUUGGUGUACUAGAAAAUAUGAUAACUCAAUUGGAGGAGGGUUCAGAUGAUGAAAAUGGAGACAAGGACAGGAAUGACAUUAAGGAGAAGAAAACUGAUUCUGGUUCCGACCAACAUAGCAUCAUUGAUGACCACAAAUUGGAUGAGGAAGAAAAAAACGAAAAUACACAAAGCAUUCGGUCUGAUAAUUUAGAUGCUCCUUUUGUAUAUAAUCACCAUGAGAAUAGCAUUCAUUCACAGCAUGAUACAAGAACUGGAAGGGUAGAGGAGGAAACCACACAAAACCUCAAUUCCUCUAAUGGGAAAAGUAUGGAUAGGUCUCAGGGUAGUAAGACUAACAUCCAUGUUGCUCAGUACAAAAAUGAAAAGAAGGAUCAAUUAGUUGGUAGCAAACUUCUUGCUGAUAAUCCAGAUAAGAUUAGACAUGUAAAUAGUAUUCCACUGCACAUAACUGCAUAUCCAUAUGGGACCUCUUUAUACACUGAAUAUUUACGUAAAUAUCUUCUUUCAAAGAAGCAUACCAAAUCACUUGAUGUAGAUGCAACAACUUCUCUAUUGCUUGACUAUUUUCCAGAAGAGGGUCAAUGGAAGCUGUUGGAGCAACCAGGAAAUAUUGGAAUCUCUACCAGUGAUAUUGCAACUCAUUAUGGUGUUGAGAGUCAACUUGAGGCCCGCUCCUGUGCAAAAGCAAAGGACACAAACAACUUUAUUGAACCAUCAUAUGUAAUAUUUGAUACGGAAAAGCAACCAGAACCAGUUGCAGAAUAUGAAACAAUGGACCACAUGAAUGGGAAAGUUGAAAUUAGUGAUGAUAGAUUAGAGGAAUUGAUGCACUUUGUGAAAAAUAUUGUUAUAAAUUCUUUGAAGGUUGAAGUUGGCCGUAGGCUAAGUGCAGCUGACAUGAAGGAAAUAAUUCUUGCUAGAGAAUUGGAACUUGUGGCAAAUGCUGUGUCGUUGGCAGUUGGACAUGACAAAGAGCAUAUUCAGCUUGUGGAAGGUAAACGCAGUAUUCAAUGUACUUCAGAAAAACUUGGUACUCUCCAGGGAGAGCUUAUCAUUAGGGCCAUUUCAUCUGCCGUUAAGGACACAAGUUACUUGAGAAAAGUACUCCCAAUUGGUGUUAUUAUAGGAUCUAGCUUAGCUGCCUUGAGGAAAUCUUUCAAUGUAGCUACAGUGCACGAUAAUAGAAAGAGAGAAGUUCUGACCACACAUGUUCAAGCCAAAAAAUCCGGGGAAAAAACUCAUGGUAAGGUCAGUGUGGUAGAGACUGAUCGAAUGCCUUUCAAUAAGUCUGGUCAUAGUACUAAUUUUGACACUUCAGUAACCAGAGAAGGGGGAAAAGAUAAAAAUUCUAGCAACAAUACUGUCAUGGUUGGUGCUGUUACAGCUGCCCUAGGGGCGUCUGCUUUAUUGGUGAAGCAGCAGGAUUUUUACAAAGGCAAUGAAAAUUCUGGAACUUUAUCAAAGUCCUCCAAUGUCAAAGGUAAUCAUCAGAGGGAGCCUGACAAGCUUGAGGAGGCAGUAUCUGAAAAUGACCAAAAUAACAUAGUCACAAGCCUUGCUGAGAAAGCCAUGUCAGUUGCUGGUCCUGUGGUACCUAUGAAAGAAGAUGGUGGAGUGGAUCAAGAAAGGCUGGUUGCAUUGUUGGCAGAUUUGGGUCAAAAAGGUGGCUUGUUGAAGCUAUUUGGCAAACUGGCGUUGUUAUGGGGUGGUAUACGUGGUGCAGUGAGUUUGACUAAUAGGCUUCUUUUGUUUCUUCGUCUAGGUGAACGUCCCUUAUUCCAGAGGAUUCUUGGGUUUGUUGGCAUGGUGCUUGUUUUAUGGUCACCGGUAGUCAUUCCGUUGCUCCCUACACUAAUGCAGAGCUGGAUGACAAAUACUCCCUCUAGAAUAGCUGAGCUUGUUUGCGUUAUUGGCCUCUACACUGCUACAACAAUACUAGUUAUGUUAUGGGGCAGAAGAAUUCGUGGGUAUGAGGAUGCACUUCAGCAAUACGGGUUGGAUUUGACAUCAUCGCAAAAGAUACAAAAUUUUUUGAAGGGCUUGAUUGGUGGAGUCAUGCUUGUCUUAUCAAUACAUACUGCAAAUGCACUAAUUGGUUGUGUGUCUCUCUCUUGGCCUCCUACUCCAUCUCAUUUGGAUGCCAUGACACAUUUCAAAGUAUAUGGGCGGGUGCUUAUGCUGGCUGGUCAAGGAAUUGUAACAGCAACUGGUGUUGCAAUUGUGGAAGAAUUGGUUUUCAGGUCAUGGUUGCCUAAAGAAAUUGAAGUGGAUCUUGGAUAUCAUCAAGGAAUUAUAAUCUCGGGGCUUGCAUUUGCCUUAUUCCAGAGGUCUCCACAGGUUAUACCCGGGCUAUGGCUUUUAUCUUUGGGUUUGGCAGGUGCUUAUCAAAGAAGCGGAGGCAGUCUCUCCAUUCCAAUUGGGUUACGUGCAGGAAUAAUGGCUUCAAGUUUUGUUUUACAAAAGGGUGGCUUUUUAACCUACAAGUCUAACUUUCCUCUUUGGGUAACUGGGGCUCACCCAUUCCAACCAUUUAGUGGCGUGGUUGGUUUUGCAUUUGCUCUAGCAAUGGCAACAGUUCUCUAUCCAACACAGCCUCCACGAAAUAAGAAAUUGCAGAGGACCCUUCGGGAAUGACGGAAGGUCUCUUGGUGAAGAUUUUUAUAUUGCUCGAAUGUUGAUGCCUUUGUGGUCUGCAAUGGAGAAAGUAAAAAGAGUUGGGGAAGAGACCUGAAGAAAUUGAAAGUUCAAUGCCCUGUUCCCAGUGAUGUUUCUAAUGCUAUAUGCACAACCAGAGGUUUUGAAUGUGGUGUACAGUCGGUAAAUCCCAAAAAUGAAAACUCAGAGACAAAUUUUUAAGUAGGAAACCGAUGUUUCAGCCUACACAAGUUUUGUUAUCCUCACCCCCACCCCCCCACCGCCCCCACAAAAAAAAAAUCCCUCCCUCUUUUUUUCCCUCUUGAAUGCAUCAAAUUGCGAUAAGGGUUUCUCUCUUGUUUAUACCCCAGAAAAGUGUACAGUAUAUGAAACAGAUGGUUACAGAUAACUUUAAGCUGAGAUUGUCACAUACACAAGAAUUCCAAAAAUCAAAUGUAAGAUGAAUUUUGUCCC